AUAACAAGUAGUUUUAAAUCGUUCCAGGUGACAGACAAGGAUGUGAUGUCAGCGGCGAUGUACCCGCAAGUGGCGAACGAUUUCUUCCGCAUCAGAGAUAAAUAUGGACCCGUGAAGCAUCUGGACACCAAGACGUUCCUUGUUGGACCUACUGUGGGUGAUACAAUCGAGGUGAAGAUCGAGCGCGGCAAGACGCUGGACAUCAAGACGUUGGCGGUGUCGGAGGAGAUGACGUCAGCGGGCGAGCGCGAGGUCUUCUUCGAGCUGAACGGCCAGCUGCGCUCCGUCUUCAUACGAGAUGACAACGCCAGCAAGGUAUACUCGACAAAAACAUAACACAAUGUCCAUGGU